GCAAGGCCAAACUGCGCCUACAAAUACCGAUGCUUGGGGUUUCUUCCUCCGCAUCAGCACUUUUUCAAAACUAUCUCAUGCAGUGGUGUUUGUGCUACUCUGUUUGUUGUUAAUGAUGUGGUUAACAGUCAGCUGUCACUGGCUCAGCGUUACACAAGAAACAGCUCAUCAAACUCUACCUUUCUUCACUUGAUGUUGGGUGGGAUUUUACACAGUAGCACAGAAAUCUAGCUCCAAAGGUUUGUGAAAAUGCCCUGGAUACCUGCUCUUCCAGCUGUGUUUCUGCUCUUCCUGCUUUUCCAGGUUACCCCAGCCCACAAAGAAGUCACACAGAAGCCAGAUGUUCUCCUGGUUAAUGAAGGAGAGUCGGUCAACAUAAGCUGUUCCAUUACUACCAAGGGGAUGCUAGUAGGGAUGUAUUUGAAAAGAGAAGUUGUAAAUGCCAUGGAAGUGCUAUACAUCACAAAGAAUGGUAGUAAACUUACCAUAAACUUUCACUACAAAGACCGCAUCCAGCCCUUCUUUCUCCAGACAGAAGUGAGGAUAAUGCUGCACCGGUUGCAGAAAAAUGACACUGGUCUAUAUGUCUGUAGACAGAGCAUUCUAGAAGAUUUCGAGCCCAAUUAUGUGUCGAGCCAAGGCACCAUAUUGGUGGUGAAAGGAAUGGAGCAGGCAGAGUGCCACAUGGCUUCCUGGGUGCCAUAUGUCCUUUCCUUCAUGGUUUUGAUCUCGGUUUCUGCGCUGGGAUACCUCAUUCUGUCUCACAUAGAUAUCAAGAAACACUGCCAAGAAGGAAAGAAAAAGCAAGCAAAUUCCGUGUACGAAGACAUGUCCUACACCCUUAGGCUCAACACCAUGGCCACAGGCAACCCUUAUAACUAAUGUUAGCAAGCUCUUGCCAGCUGAGACAGUGUGGACAUCAGCAGUUCCUUCUCCAUGUGCUUGAGCUAGAAAGGCUGACAUCUGACAAUCAUUCCCUUUAGUGAAAAGAAAAAAAUACCUGCCUUGUGUCUUGUGCAAUAUUUCUGCUUAUUUCACUUAAUUGUGAUGACCACUUUGCGGGAGGGUGGGAGGCCGGGAGGUUACUUACAGCAAAUGUAGAGAAAUGAGUGCAUCCCUGAAGGUGUGAGCGUGUGCUGGGGAAGGCAGGAUUAGAUGCUGCGGUGUAUGGUCGACUUGAGGCAACACCUGCUCUUGCUCCGCCCGCUAGUAACGCUCACCUCCCUCCAAUGAAGCAUGUGAGAGAAGUUGUGUUGGGAGCACGGGAGGCGCUCAGGCCCAGAUCCACAAAGGGACUUAGGCACCUCAACCCACACAGGCACCUCUAGGUCCUUGUUUAGGUGCCACUGAGAUCCCCAAAACUCCACUCAGCUUCCACCUAACCCUGUAGGUGCCUAAAUAAGCUCAGCCCCUGAUUUUGCAGCAAAAGUUCCCU